AUGGGUAUGAUGACCGGAUUUGGACCACCUCCUCCUAUUCGACAUUUUAAAUUCAAGUUUAAGGUAUCUGAUGAUUGGCGUCAAGCAUUAGCCACUCUGUUAUGCAUCAUUCUGUGUGCAACAGUUUUAAUAUCGGUUUGUACUCUUGGCUCAUAUCUGUUAAGAGAUAAGCCAAUCUAUGAAGAAAUUGUCGAUUAUCUUGAUAAAACAAUUGCAAUUAGCAAGAUUAAUUAUAAUCAUCAACUUGGUUUUUUCGAAUUAUCUGAUAAAGAACUCGAAGCAUUGAGUGCUCAUAGAACGUAUAAAGCAAUUCUUUGGGCAUUCUUCUUCUCUGAUUUAGCAUGUUAUAUAUUUUUAACGGUCGCCAUUCUGCUCUAUUUUACGACAGAUGUUAGGAAAGGAAAACCAUUCUUCAUAUUUUGGAUUGUAUUCGGAUUGGCAUUUUUAUAUUGCACCGUCGAAAUUCAUAUAUUUUCUUUUAUAAUGUUUCCUUAUUCAUCAAUUUUACCAAGCGUUACUGAAAAACAAUUGAAUCAUGCGAUUCCAUACAAUCCUGGAGGAUUAACACAAAUGGAACGUCGUUUAGGAUGCAGUUUUGAUCUUAAUUUAUAUGCUGCGCAUCGAAGAAAAGAAAAUGAAAAGAAUACAUGCGAUCCACAAAUUGCGUCAAGUUUUCUCAGUAAAGGUGUGCUAUGGUCUUUCAUGGCCCUACAAUUGAUCCCAAUCGUCAUAUUCGUUAUUCUUAUGGCUCAUCGAUUCCCAAUUAGCUCAUUAUUUGCUUCACUGAUGCAAAAUUUAAAGAGUCGUCUCAUGGAAAAGAAUAAUGGAAAUAGAAAUUACGAGUUUGCCAGGGAACAACAGAAGAAAGGAACACUGGUGCAUACCCAGUCAAACAUUAUUACACCGUUGCCUCCAGUACCACCAUCUGAUACUAUCGAUCAUAGUAUAAGUUAUAAUAACGCAGCAUACAUCGCCACAUCAGGUAUCAAUGGUAUGAAUAGUUCAAGAAGUAGCGAAAUCUCGCGGGACGCUAUUGAUCUCUUUAAGUAA